UGUGGAUUUGGCAACAAUGGAACAAAAGCGACUAAAGAUUAGAAAUGAAUGAAAAGCUCUAUCAAAGUUUUGAAAGUAAAAAUAUACUAAGUAUUUAAGACAUUAUAUUUUAAGAAUUUCAUUAAAAUUCCGAAGAGUAUCGAAAUGGAUGAAAAACUGGCUUCAACUUCAAACGAAAGCAAGAAAGAAAUGCUGCAAAGAUCUCCUUUUACUGUUGUUUGUCCAUCGGCUCCUCAAGUGGACGCAACGUCAAACAAGGUUGUGUUGACGGAAGAAGAAGUUAGACAAGCAUGUUAUGCUUAUGCCAAUGAAAAUUGCAGUUAUGGGACAAGAUUCAUACGAAAUGCUAUUCUGACAGAUCUACAGAAUGAUUGCGCGUAUCAUUACAAAUUGGAGACACUAGGUGAAAAAAGAGAAAUAACCUACAAAAAAUCUAUAUACAAAGAAGGAACUACCAUCAUUCCUGAAAGUAUAGAUAUUGAUGAUCCUUGGGAGUUUCCAGUGAGUCCAGAUUUUGCGGAACUUCAUCUCACUAAGCCGGGAACGGUAUUUGUAAGAGAUUGUGAAAGUUGUUUGGGUAAAAAACUUAGACGCUGUUUCUAUUGCUGGGGAUCUGGCUACGAACCCUGCUCUUCAUGUAAAGGCACUGGCAAUGAGAGUAGUUAUGCAUUAUGUGGAGGAUGCGAUGGAACAGGAAAAAGAUGGUGUUUGAAAUGCGGAUUAGGCAGAGGUACAUUUGAAUGUAAAACCUGUAAAGGCAAUGGCAAAAUGAAGUAUGAAAAGCAGUUAAUAAUAUCGAGAAAAAUUCACGCAGAAGAUUUCGUAUCAAAUUCUUCAAAUUUGCCUUCAGAUUUGAUCCCCGAUGCUAUUGGUCAGGAGCUAUUUAGUGAAAGUGCAAGCAGGGUUGAUCCUGUCCAUUUGUCUCUGAACAGCGAAGUGAAUGAAGCCUCUACAGCUUUAAUCGCAAAACACAGACAAUCAUUCACAGAUGAAAGAAUUAUAGCUCAGCGGCACAGUCUUCGAGCAAUUCCUUACACAAAAAUCUCUUACACUUGGAACAAUAAGAACGGAGAAUUCUACAUCUAUGGCUUGCAAAAGACCGUGUACUUCAAAGAUUAUCCUGAGCGUUGUUUCUGUGCUUGUAGUUGAUAGAUUGCAAUAUUUCAUUUCUUGAGUGCAGCUAUAUUUUCAAUGACGAGUUAAUAAAUUUCAA